CCCCGGGGCACCGAUGACUCCGACCCACUGCCGCGGAAACCCCCCGGGAGUGCGUCGGACUGAAGCGGCAUAGGGUCCGGCGCUGCGCAGCGGGAGAGACCGGGAAGGCGGAGGCAGGAGGCGAUAAAAACCCCGUCGCCACUGUGACUGGGAGUCUGCUGCCUUCCCUCCUCACCCGCCGCCGGUGCCGAGCUUCGGGCCUCAGCUCCGUUCCCGAGGGCAGCGGACCAGCACUGCCUGCGCCCGCGGGGGAGCGCAGCGGAGCCGCUGCCGCGCUCUCGGGGCCCCCAGUUUCCCCCGGAGCCGAGCGGAGCGCAGUAUGCGGGGCCGGGGCUGGAGGCGGCGGCGGGGCCGGCGUCGCGCUCCCCGGACAUGAAGUGGUCACCGGGAGCUCCAGGAAGCCUCCCAGCUCCUGGCCACAGCCACUAUCAGCAGCUCAGAGCAGGCAUCACAGGGUUCGUCCUGCUCAGAUACUGCUCCAACAGCAACUGGUGCAAAACUAACUGCACGUAUAAUCUGUGGGAAGGAGCUCUGGGAGACAGCUAAGAGACAGUGACAAUGUCUUUAAACAGGCGGACAAUUCCUACUCAACUUGGAGUUUUUAAAGUGAACUGCAAAGGACUCGCAUGCCUCUUGGUCUUCACAGUAAGCAUUUGUGGCAGUGCCCCAGGGAUGUGUCCAACAGCCUGCAUCUGUGCCAGUGAUAUCAUAAGCUGCACCAAUAAGAACCUCAGUCGAGUGCCAGGAAAUCUUUAUAAAUGUAUAAAAAGGCUGGAUCUGAGUUAUAACAGAAUUGGGCUUUUGGAGCCUGAAUGGGUCCCAGUGUUAUUUGAGAAACUGAACACUUUAAUAGUCAAUCAUAAUAGCAUUAGCAGCAUUGUCACUGGAAGCUUUUCUACAACUCCAAAUCUGAAGUACCUAGACUUGUCAUCCAACAGCCUGAAGACACUGGGCAGCCCUGUGUUUCAGGAGCUAAAGGCACUGGAGGUUCUCCUGCUGUACAACAAUCAGAUAACACAGAUUGACUCUUUAGCGUUUGGAGGAUUGUACAACUUACAGAAACUAUACUUAAGCUACAACUUGCUCUCAAAUUUCCCACUGGACUUAUAUGUUGGAAAACAUAAACUGACAGACCUUGUAUUGCUGGAUGUUUCCUUUAAUCACAUCCGGUUGAUGCCUAUUCAGCGCUUGAGUUCAGUGCCAGCUAAACAACUUAGUGGAAUUUAUCUUCACGGCAACCCAUUUUAUUGUGACUGCGUCCUGUACUCCAUGCUAAUCUUCUGGUAUCAAAGGCAGUUCAACUCAGUGGUGGACUUCAAAAAUGAGUACAGCUGUUUGUUGCAAUCAGACCCAAGAGGUCACAAUAAACUGCCUUUACUGCUCGACAACUUUCUGAAUUGCUCUGAAAGCACUGUCAACAGCUCUUUCCAAGCCUUUGGGUUUAUUCAUGAUGCCCAAGUUGGUGACAGGCUGAUUGUACACUGUGACAGCAGAAUCAGUGAUGUGGGCACACAUUUUGUUUGGAUUAGUCCAGACAAUAGAUUGCUGGAGCCAGACAGGGAGACCAAUAACUUUAAGGUGUUUCCUAACGGCAGCCUGGAAAUAACAGAUGCCCAGCUAGAGAACUCAGGACUGUAUUCCUGCAUCGCAAUAAAUAAGAAAAGAUUAUUAAAUGAAACCGUAGAGGUUAGAAUAAAUGUUAGCAAUUUCACAAUGAACAGGUCCCAUGCUCAUGAAGCAUUUAAUACAGCUUUUACCACCCUUGCUGCCUGUGUGGCCAGUAUUAUUUUAGUAUUGCUGUAUCUCUAUCUGACCCCCUGCCCAUGUCAAUGUAAGGCAAAAAAGAAGAAGAGGAAGCUGAACCAAAGCAGUGCCCACUCUUCCAUACUGAAUUCUACAAUGCCGCAAGAGCUGAAUUCUGCAAUCCCAGCAGACGAGAAGAAGGCUAGCACUGGUAAACGGGUAGCUUUUCUGGAACCCAUGCAUGAACCAAAACACAGUCAGAAUGGGAAAGUAAAACUGUUUCCUAAUGACAGCGUCAUUACUGAGAGUAUCUUAAAAACUACUCGAACAAAAUCCGACUCAGAUUCUGUCAACUCUGUGUUCUCAGAUACACCUUUCAUGCCACCAACUUAGUUUGCUGCCUGUGUUUGUAUUGUGCAGUUACUUUUCUGAAUACCUCCUCUGCUUGUAGCAACCAUCAGGAAAAACAAAUAAAAAGAGAGAAAAUGUUUUAAAAAA